UCUCCUGCGCAUUUUCCAAGCAUCUAACGUUAAUGUCAUUCUCUUUAGAUCUCUGAAAAUGGUCCGCUACUCACUCGACCCAGAGAACCCGACUAAAUCAUGCAAGUCGAGGGGCUCCAACCUUCGUGUUCACUUCAAGAACACCCGUGAGACCGCCCAGGCCAUCAAAGGCAUGCACAUCCGCAAGGCUAACAAGUACCUGAAGGAUGUUAUGGUGAAGCACCAGUGUGUUCCCUUCCGACGUUACAAUGGUGGUGUUGGCCGCUGUGCUCAGGUGAGGUUUUGUCCUGUUUUAAAGCUGCCCUUUAAAACCAUUCCGUCCAUCUUAGGACACCUUUGGAAUUGACCAUGAAAACGCCUG